CAACUUCAGCCCCUACUACUGUUGCAACAACAACAGCAGCAACAAUGACAGCAGCACCUACAACUACUGCUGCACUUACAACUGUAGCCCCUACUACUAUUGCAACAACAACAGCAGCACCUACAACAACAGCAGCACCUACAACUACUGCUGCUCCGACAACUGUGCAACCUACAACUACUGCUGCACUUACAACUGCAGCCCCUUCUACUGUUGCAACAACAACAAUAGCACCUACAACUACUGCUGCUCUGACAACAGUGCAACCUACAACUACUGCUUCAACUACGACAACUGAACCUACGACAGCAGCCCCUACUACUGUUGCAACAACAGCAGCACCUACAACAACAGCAGCACCUACAACUACUGCUGCUCCGACAACUGUGCAACCUACAACUACUGCUGCACUUACAACUGCAGCCCCUUCUACUGUUACAAAAACAACAAUAGCACCUACAACUACUGCUUCACCUACGACAACUGCAGCCCCAACAACCGCAGCCCCCACAACUUCAGCCCAGACAACCGCAGCACCCACAACUUCAGCCCUGACAACUGCAGUCCCCACAACUGCAGUCCCCACAACUACAGGUCCGACAACUGCAGCAUCGACAACUGUAGUUUCUACUACUGUCGCCCCUACAACAGCUGCUCCCACAACUACAGGUCUGACAACUGUAGUUCCUACAACUGCAGCCCCUACAACUACUGCUGCAGCUCCUUUAACUGCUGCUUCGACUACUAUAGUUCCGACAACUGUGGCCCCAACAACUGCAGCCCCCACUACUAUAGUUCCUACAACUGUGGCCCCCACAACUUCAGCCCCUACAACGUCAGCCCCUUCUACUGUAGUUCCAACAUCUGCAGCCCCUACAACUCAAGCUCCCACAACUGCAGCCCCCACUACGGUAGUUCCUUCAACUUUCGCCCCCACAACUGCACAUCCCACUACUGUAGCCUCUACAACUACAGCCCCAUCAACUGCAGCCACAACAACUCCACUAGAAACAACACAAUCUCCCACAACUGCAGCCCCCACUACUGUAUCCCCUACAACUGCAGCCCCUACAACUGCCGUUCACACAACUAUAGUCCCUACAACUGAGGCCCCUACAACUGCUACAACUGCAGUAACCACAACAGUGGCUCUAACAACUUCAGCUCCUCCAACUCCCCUUAUCUCACCAACUCCAACCCAAGGUUUGGUAUCACUUGCACACCUACAACUGAGAAUAUCUACCUUUGGGGAGGUCAGCAAUGGAACCAUCAUUGAACUUGUUAAACAGUUUUUUAGAGACCGGCUCCCGAAUGGAUCAGCCCACACAGUUACCGUGAAAAACAUACAAAGGGUUCAAGUGUCCCCAUAGAAGCGUCAUGGAGAUUUUUGACAAAUGCAAUUUCAGGUUGGGCUGCUGGUAUUGUUUAUAAACAAUGUGAAGGGGCAUUCCCCUCAACCAUUUCAUCAUAUCAGGAAAGUGUCUUUGAUAUGUGUAUUGCUUUCAGUUUGGGCACAACACAUCGUAUGUCAUUAUACUCCAAUAUGUUGAAGUGGUCUACAACCAAUAACAAGAAAUCAACAGAAAUAUCUGGAUCGCUCUUAAGGUGCAAGAGAAGGUGUUUUUAAUCAAUGACAACACUUAAGUUUAAGGUUCACAACCCUCUUGUGUUUAUAUAGCAGCUUUUUGUCCAACUAAAAUCUUUUUUUUUUAAAAGAACGAUUUUCCCUUUUAACCAAAACAUCUUGUGUGUGCAGUAUUUCCCAGAAUGUGAAAGAUGAGGUAGUGUUUUAGGCCUAAGUGUCACAUUAAUUGCACAGUACAACAGGAAGCUCAAACCUACAAACUGUCAAAGAUGUUUUAAAGAGGUGUUAAUUUAUCAUGCUGUGAAAUUAAAGGAGCCAGGUAACCAGGAAACUAAACUAAUGACUCUUUUUAACCAUGCAUACAUAAGGGAACAUUUAAACGAAACACAAGUGAAGUUAACCCCAGUGAGAGCCCUGUAAUAAUGUUUGACAAUUGUACAACGAAUGAACGACCUGUUAAGCCGGACCAAUAAAUUGCUAAAUGUAACACAGUGUUAUGAUUAUUGAAUGUAAAUCUGUUUUGCACCAUCAAUACUUCAUAAGUUUAGCUUGUGGUUUUGUCUUUCCAAUUUAUUGGAUAACCAGAACAUGAAAUCACUGCUUUUGCUUUGAACUUGAACAUUUGUGGUGGUGUCAGAGUGAAGGAGGCUGUGAUGUAGAGCGAGAAUCAUGGUCAAUUACUCUCACUCUCUCCAACAAGUGAUGUAACGUACAGGAGCACUUUCAGAGGAAGACUGUUACUACCUUGAUGAACCAUUGAAUACCACAGGAAAUAUUAUCUUCAUUUGUAAAUAACUCAGCUUCACUGUGUCGAGAGAUGGAAGUACCUCUGUUAUUGCUAUUUUAUGUUAUCCAUCAUUUUCUUCUCUUUUAAUUACUAUCUCUCUGUGGAUUACAAGGAAAACUACUUUCUGCUUUAUAUAUCAUAAUGGAGCAUGAUGUGCAGAAAUGGCACAAAAGGUGCACUAUACAUCCUGUAAUUGUUUAAUAUUGUACAAUAAUGGCUGUGACAUGUCAAAUAUAAAAAAAUUCAAAUAAAUAAUUGAUAUACAACUCAC